GGUUCGUGUCAGCUUCAUUCUUCAGUGCUUACCGGGCCUCGUCAGUGUGAGGUGCCAGACGCUCCACUCCUGCACUCCCUUUCGCUCUCCUUGCUGACAGUUCCUGCUACUCCUUAGUAUUGUGAAAGGCAACGGUUUCACGUCUCUCGUCUCUGUAAGCUUGCCGUGUGGCCCCAGCAGCACACGUGUCAGCAGUGGGCAUCAGCUACGUGCGGUGGCUGUGUGUGGCACCGUGCUGACCUCAGGAUGGUGUCAGCGUGAGAGAAGAGUCACACGUUCCCAAUCACAGAGCUGGCACGAUGGAUGGCUACAGAACCCCGCAGGAGACUGCUGCCCUUCGUGACAUAGCCUACGUCCUCCACUUCGGCCACUUCCCCGGCGAGGAGGAGGAGGAGGAGACGGACAGAAAAGUAACCAUCGCCCCUUCCUCAUCUCUAACCCCUGAAGAGGAUUGUGUCAUUGCCAAAGAAGAAAGGUUCCUCACUGAGGCUCCACAGUCCCCUGUCAGCAGCAAAAACCCCUUCGAUGAGGAUGAAGAUUCCAAUGACCAUGGGAACCCUUUUGCUGAUGAUAGGAAUCCAUUCAACGAGGACACAGACACCACGGAAAGCGACGCGAAGGAAACCCUGACUGCAGAGAAUUCGAACCCCUUCAGUGAGGACUUGAACUCUACAGCGGGGAGUCACGAUGGGUUUUCACAGCAGUCACCAAGCAGCCCGAUAACCGUGAGCGCUCCGUCAUUCCCACAGCAGUCUGCAGCGGUCAGGGGCGCCUCCAGACAGCAUGAGAACGAUCAGAGCAUGUCCAAGAAGGUGGUUAAGGAUGUUGUGUGUGACCUUUUCAAUGUGGCCCAGCUUGACCUUCGAAGUUUGAUGCAGGAAGUCUCAAAGAACAAGGAGCCGCCAAUGGUUCACCUCCUGCUGGAGGAGCUGCAUGCUGAGGGCCUCGGUCUGCAGCCCACCAUGGGCAGCUGCUCCCCGCCCAUGGUGUUCCUGAGGGCAGCAGUGGGUCCCUCCUCCCGCUUCACCACCUUCACCAGCACCUCCACCACCCGCGCCACCCAGGACACCCUCACCAUGAACGUUAGCAACAUGUAUACUGAAACACUACUUCUAGAAAUCUGGAGUGUACCAACGCUAGCCUCAUUGGACAUGCCGCCAGCUGCACCGAUGAUCGAUGUCCUCUCUCGCCUCAUCAAGCACGCCAAGGACCGCACCAAUCCCUCUUCCCCCUUCAAGGCCAACAAGGAGUCUGCAGCACCAGACAGUGUGACACAACCACCGCACCAUUCCCACGACACUUCCACCAUUGAUGUCUCUGUCUGUGAGAAUGGAACAGCUGACCAGGAAGACUGUGCCGAGCCACAGGACCUGACAGAGAUCACUCCCCCGGCAGAUGAGGAAGGGAGUCCAAAGAGUGAAGGUGGACCAUCGGAAGUGGCAGAUGCCACUGACAUAGAAGGUGGUGAGGCGAACAUGUCAGACGACACCACUGACACACUCAGCCCACACAGGCAAGUAGUAACAAGCACUCCAAAGAACAAUUCAGGCAGUUUCCAGACUCUUGAUGUUUCAUCUCUCAGUGACAAGGGCACUCACAAACCCUUGGAGAAGACCAAAAGCAAUAUAGAGUCCUUCAAGAAGCUGUCUGUCACCAGUCUAAGAGCUUCAUUCCGUUCAAACUUCAACAAAAACAAGCAGAACGGAUCUGUGGCAUCCUUACAGAAAGGAGGGAAACCCUUUGACACAGCCUCUCUGGGGUCACAGGGCAGUGGCCAGGACAUGACAAACGAUGGGUCCAGUAGUGGCCCGUGGUGUGAGGGUGAAGACAGUGACAUGGACCACAACCAGCUGGACCGUGAGAAGUCUCGCAGUACACUCAGCAUAACAUCCUUUUCCCGCCUGAACCUCAGCCUCCGCCUCUCAUCCAAGAAAGCAUCACAGGUCAUGAGGAGGAUUGGCAGCAAGAAGAAGAAGGUGUCCCGAAGUGAGAGCUCCACUCCGGUGCCUUCCAGACGACAGCAGCAGCAGCAGCAGCAGCAGCAAGUCUUCACGAUAGAGAACUCUCCUGAACAUCUCCAGAAGUACACAGAACCUGAGCCCUCAUCACCUCCCCGCAAGACUGAAGCCACACUUUCCCCAGAGGAGGAAGCAUUUAGCCGCACUCCUCACACAAGAAAGUCCAUUCGCAACAUGUUCAAGCCUCGAUCCCUGAGGACUUUCCGCAGUCUUGGGGACACCACUGCCAAGUCUCCUGCCCAACCAGACAAAAGUGACAGCACAGAUGACACCCAGGACAGAGCUGACAGUGUUGUGCAAAAUUCCAAGCAAGCUCCUCAGAAUCCAAAGGAAAUUCAUGAGUACUUGUCUGAGCUUGGCAAGGCACAUUUGAAGGCUGAGCUGCUUGCCCACACCAGCAUUCCCAUCAAGAGUUUAGUUGGUAAGUGGAAGAAGGAAGGGUGGCUGGCACUCACUGUGGUGAAGAAGGAGUCAGUUCCAGGCCAGAAGAAGAAGAAAGGGACCAGGACAGCUGAGGAGCACAGCAAGAGCAGAGCCGGGUGCAGGUUCCACAUAUGCCUCACCCUACCCUCCCCAGAGACUGAACUGGCAGUGUCUGGCUAUGACACUUACUAUGUGGCACUGCGGAAGCUGGUCCACACCUACCUCAGUACAAUGCAUGGCAGUCUGGCAGGCUACCGCGGGGAAGUCGGUCCUUCAGGUGACAUCCUUCUGCAGCAGUUGACCUUCUUUUCACGAAUAUCUGAGAAGCACAGGAGCCUUGCCAAGUGGCUGGUCAUGGCAGAGGUGAAAUCUGGUGACCCUGGCAUCCUGCUGCCUCUCCUGCGGGCCAUCAAGACACACCUGGAAGCGGGCGUCUACCUCACUGCUCAAAAACGUCAGCUGAGUGUCGCCUUGGUCACCUGGGUGAGGAAGGUUCUGUCAGACGAAUUUGAGAUGUUGCAUUCCUCAUUCCCCAGAAGAGAUGGAAUGCUUGAGCUGGCCAGACUGGAAAACUUCCUCAGGUGCUUCAACACAGUGGAGAAUUGUUAUGAGCUGCGGAUACUAUUUGAGCGAGAGGCAGCACCCCAUGGCCACAACGCAAUCUCAGACCUUCUUCAGGAUGUUCUCGUCAAGCAUGCUGAUACUUGGGUAGAAGCACUAAACAAGGAGAAGCUGAAACAGGAGGUGUCUGCAGGAGAGAAUGAUGCAGGGAACACCACCACCAUCACCACCACUAGUGAUGCCAGAGUUUGGGUUGUGUGGCAAGACUCCCUGCGCCGAGCCAGCAUACUCACCAAACCUGUCCUAGACUUCCUCUUCAUCUCCUUCCACACUUACCAGCCCAUCUUCAUGCUGGAACUCUCAGUGGACUACAUGUAUAUGGUACUGCCCCGGAUGCUGAAAGCAGCGGCUCACCUCCUCAACCCAAUGCUCAAGUUUGAUGUGGACGGCGCUGUGCCCUACGUGAUGGCUAAAGACCUAGCGGCUGCCGCUCAGGCCACUUGGGCACUUGUCACUAACCUCAGCAGCAUCAACAAAAUUGGGAUUGACAGCAGGCUCCCUCAACACCUCAUCCUGCCAGCAUACCGGGAUGCCUUUGCAGUAGUGAUGCACCACUGGCUGGUGCUCAGCAAACACCUUGCACUGCAGGAGUUCCACAAAGAUAUUCAGGAGGAUCAGUUUGUGGCCAUUGACCACUCGCAGGGCUAUAGCCAGUCUGCCAUGGGUGUGGCUGACCUCAUGAAGGCAAUGAUGAAGCGCAUGUGUGACGUGCAGUGGCCAGGGGGUGUGGGUCCAGGGCCCUCCACCCUGCAGGCAAUGGGACAGCAGAUGAUGGAGCUGGCAGCCCAGUAUGCUGAGGAGGUGACCCACGCCUACGUUAGCAUUGCAACACAAGGCAACAAAAUCCCCACAGAGGUGUGUGUGGUGGUGAGGAAUGUGGAGCACGUGUGUGAUGAAGUACGGAAGCACCUGCAGCACCUGGUGGAGCUGGCGGGAGAGAGCCAGGAGGUGGCACAUCAACUGCAGGACCGCAUCACACAACUGCCAGAGCAUGUAGAGGACUCUGCCGAGGCUCUCCUGCGCCAAUGUCUGCCAAGCUUUGAGAAGUUUGUGACGAAGGCAGUGAGGGAGGGUGACACAGAACAGAUUGUCAAGAUGCUGGAGGAAGCAAUCCAUCCAGUGCAAGACAUGCUUUACUUCGCCGAGCCACUGCUCCACCAGCUGUGGUACCGACUGGUGGAUCACAUAGAGCAGCUCAAGGCCUUCUAUGUCCAGGGAGAUGAUCGUGAGAACUUGCGGCAACUGAGAACCAUCAUGGAAAGUGGCCAUGAUUUUCUUACCAACAAGGAAGGCAUUGGCCUCACUCUGCUUGAAGAAGUCACUAAGAAGUAUGAGUCAAUACUGGCAGAAUUAUGGCUGCUAGGUGCCACUUCAGCCGAGCUUGUGUCACAGUUUUAUCAGAUACGGCACCAGGACCAGCAGAAGGAGGACUCCUCAUCUGACAGAGUUCUUGUUUUCAAUGCAAUGUUCACCAUGGACAGCCUGCGGGUCCAUGUGGUGCAGGCUCCUGGCUCACCAUCAGCUUCCUCACUGGUCAAGGUUCGGCUGGAGCCGUUCCAGUGGUUCCCUGCAGUGGAGCCCAUAAAGACACCCCUUGUCAAAGGGGAUCCCGCUGUCUUUGAUGAGGUCUUAGUAUUUCCUGGUGUGCUGAAUGACUGUAAGGAGGCUGGUGGUGUGCUGACACUGCAGGUUCGCUCUCCACGACUCUUGAGCAGCUCUAUUGUGCAUGGUGAGACCAUCCUUCCUCUCUCUGAACUGCCCACUGUCUCCGAGUCUGAGAUGUUCAAUAUUCCUCACCUACGCCUGCCACUUACUCGACCUUGGGACUUUAAAUCAUACAAACCCUUGGAGGCGCUCAUGACCCGCACACAGGACAAGUCUGCAGUGGAUUUCCUGAAGACGCUAAGUGACCGCUGGAAGUCAGGGGAAAGCUCAGACCUCAUCUCUGACAAUGCUAAGCUGCGAACAUCCUUUGGUCGGUCAGGCAGCAUCAGGAGCAUCAAGAAUGCUACCAAAAAGAGUCCACGCAGGGGUACUGUUGUCAAAUAAGGUAUUUUCUCAUAUGUAAAAGAUGAAAGCUGGAAGCUGGCUUUAUCUCUACUAAAAGUCAUGCCAUCUUUUUCUGUUAACUGUUGUUCAGCUGUUGUUUACAUUUACAUGAAAACUUUAACACACUAAGGUCACUUCAUCUGUGUACUUGAUUAAUUCAUGCAUUCAUUAGUCUUAUUAAAAUUCAAAUUAUAUCCUAAAUAAUAACCCACUUGCACUUAAUUUUAUGGUGUAUUGCACAUUGAUGAUGAUCUCAAAAGAGAGAUUGAGAAAUCUAGUAUGACAAGAUUACUAACUCAAAAUUAACAUUAUCAGAUACAGUAAACCCUUGACAUAAUGGAUCUUGAUAUACUGGAUGUCGGAUUUAAUGGACAAAAAAUCUGACUGGAAAAACCCUCGUUGUAACAAAUUUUCAUCCAUUAUAACAGAUUUUCACCCGUUAUAGCGAGGGCAUCGUCCCAUAACAUGUUGCAGGAACUCCACGUGGCGUCCCGUGGGAGUGGGGCAGUGGUGGCUAUAAAUGCUGGACAAACGUCGGGAUGUAACGGAUCUGUCUGGUAUUUCCAUUGGAUAUAACGGAUCCUUGGUUAUAAGCGAUCUUUGGAUAUAACGACAGACCCCCGUCCCCAUAUCAUCUGUUAAAUCGAGGGUUUAUUGUAGAUGUUAAAAAAAUAGUCACAAUUGGCAACACAACUUUAAAGUGGGCAUCUGACAAAGGUGCUUUAUUUACUCAUGCAAACACUGUAACCAUAUUUCUCUACCUUGUUUGGUGGGCUCUUCUAGUUUGGGCAGCAUGGUUGAGGUAGAGGAAGCUGUAGUUGCUGUUGUGCCAUCACAUAGAAGUACUCCACUUGGUAUGGCAGCAUAAUUACUCAAUCUCUUUGAAUCACUCACUUAUAUCUCAGUUAGACAAGUAAAGGGGUACAGUAUCUUCCUGAGUUCUUAAAGUUUAGUGUCGUGCCCUUGCAAGAAACCAAGCAUGAAACUUGAGAGGUACUGUGGAUAGAUUUGUAGGAAUAAAUGUUACUGCUUGGAAUAUGGCAUAAGUUACUCAAAGGUUUUGUCUGAAACUAGUCAAAAAACAGCUUAGCCCUCUGGCCCUUCCUGCAUGCCUGAAGCCAAUGCUGGGUUGUAAGGAAGUAUUGUGUAUCUUGGAUAUUUAAAAAUUACUAAGUCAGUGUGUAAUUUAUUGUAUUUUUUUUUAUCUUACAAUUGUUUUUAUAAGCAUCUUCACAUAAUAACAAUAAUAAUAAUAAUAAUAAGUGUUCACAAAACACACUAGCAAACUGGUCUCACUGUACUGACCCUUCUGAAGUGACUGGAACCUUACCUAAGAGUUACUCUGAUUGCCUUCAGGUCUCACCAAGAUUUUUUUUUUUUUCUCCUGGACUGCACACACAUCUAUUUGUUUGUCCACUGGUAACAUCCAAUAACAAGUUAUAUAUAUAUAUAUAUAUAUAUAUAUAUAUAUAUAUAUAUAUAUAUAUAUAUAUAUAUAUAUAUAUAUAUAUAUAUAUACAAAUUAUACAAUAUGAUUAACUAUUAUGAUAAAUGUAAAUAUUCACAUCUGUCUGGCACCAUUUAGAGAAUUCACUGACAUGCUUUAUAUAAAUAUUCAGCUUAAUAAAACAAAUGUGCAGUGUUGUGUAUGCUUAUAAAGAUAUAACUUGCCUGAGUCGAAUGAACUUCAUAACACCUUAGCUACAUACUUAGAGGAAGGCAUAUGUUAUCACUUUGCACUAUUUAUAAUUAAUAAUAACAUUGAAGAACAGUGUUGUAUACCUUAAUAACAUUUAUAUUUUAUUUCUAACAAAUGGAUUUUCAUGUUUUAUGUAUUUCAGUAUCUAUAAUCAUUUACAGUGGUAAUUAAUGAAUAUUUUGUAAUCAAAGAACUUUAAAACUGA